AUGUCCCUGGCCGAUGAUGUUGACCUAGAAGAGUUCAUCAACCAGAAGGAUGACCUUUCAGGCGCUGAUAUUCGUGCCAUGUGCAGUGAAGCUGGUCUCAUGGCAUUGAGAGAGCGCAGAAUGAGAGUGAACAUGGCCGACUUCAGACAGGCAAGAGAGAGCGUGCUCAAGACCAAGAGCGAGGGCGAGCCCGAGGGUCUUUAUUUGUAG